UACUGGCUAUAAAGAUGAUCCUCAAAUAAUCCUGUAUCGGGGGAGGGGGAGAUUGCCGAUUCUGCAAAACAGUCCUGGGUACAGGAAUCCAUCAGGAAUCCCCUUCAGAGGAGACAUGUGGAACCAGUGUGUCACUUUACAGACAUAAAAAUAAGAUUGAGGUCCCUGCACAAAGGAGUUUUCAACCUAAUUGCAACAUUAUACAAGUGAGCUGGACAUAUGUUUGGAAAUGAAGAGGAUCUGAUGUUACAAAUGCCAAGUUAAACACAAAACUCAAUGGAUAGUAAAAGCUACUGUAACUUCAUGGACAGGUUGUCCGUCUACGACUCACAACAUGUACAACUGACUAGGCCUUUCGGUGGGGACCCUUUUGUCACAUUUCAUGUGUACCCUGAGACACCUACCCAGUUCACUUGCUCUGAGGAUUUGCCACUACUUCCUUUUACAUCUGAGGAGUUGAUCACAGAGAACUUCUAUACUGAUCCUUGCAACUUUCCUUACCAAGUGGCCCAGGCUAAUUAUGGCAGAGGUGACUAUUCCUAUGGACCAGCUUUCAUCAGAAAGAGGAAUGAAAGGGAAAGGCAGAGGGUUAAGUGUGUCAACGAAGGAUACGCCAAACUCCGACGUCACCUACCUGAGGAAUAUUUAGAGAAACGGCUCAGCAAAGUAGAAACACUUCGAGCUGCAAUAAAAUACAUUCACCAUCUACAAUCUGUUCUGUACAGUGAUUCUGCAGGGACAGAGAAGAAUAACCUGGAACUAGGCCAUACUUCCAAGGCAAUUACCAGAGAGAUCCAGUUUUGAGGACUAUCUGAACUGCUCCAGGGAAGAAAAAUAAUCACAGCUGAGGCUAACAACAAUCACAUUAUUGGUGACACAAAUAUUUCUGUGAAACUGACAUUUUAUGAACUGUACAAGGCACACAUCUCUAGCAGUCUACUGGGGAAAGGGUUUAAAUUAGC